AUGCCAUUAAAAACCGAUGCAAUUUUUAAAAGUGGUUAUAUUGAUGAAUUUGAUAUUGAACUGGUGAACCAGUCGAUGACGUUCGAUACGACAGAUAUGCACGUACAGGGAACAUGCGACUUGUUCACGACAAAGCCAAUUGGGAUAGAUCGCAAGCUCUAUAAAAGGCUUGAUAGGCGAUAUUCAGCUUCAAGACACGAUACGUCCAGUUCUGAGGAUGAGUAUUCGAAAGAACAUAGGGACUCAAUUGGGCGGUCGAAUAGUGACUCGAAGAUGAUAGAGAAACCGAUGAUUCGGAGUUUGACCGAGAAAAAGAGCAUGGAGGAGUUGAAAAAGAAAACUGGAGACAGCACGAGUGUACAGGAGCAGAAAAGCAAAGAAACACCGAAUAAUGUGACGGUGGAUGGUACCAAAGCUGGAGAACACGGCCAGUUUAUCAGUCCGCAGUUUAUGCAGCUGAAAAAGCGUUCUUACAGUUAUUCGUACCCGUACAAACGGUCGCAAUUGGCGAAAUUUCUGCUGAAUAGCAACAUUUCCGGCAAGCACGGACGAGAAAGAGGUCAUGGGAUGGGGAUAUUGGGAUCCGGCAACUCUAUCCACUCCGAGAAUGGCACCAAACCGCGUUCGAAGUCUUUCCACUACUCGAUGACAGGAAAUAGUGGUGAAGCUUUGGAUUUGCUAAGGUCCAACCGAGAUACAGAUACAAUGGACUAUUAUUCGCCGUUUGGACCACUUAGCAGGCAGUCGUCGAGACGGCUUUUCGCGUAUUUGAUUGCAAUUCUCAACUCGACGUAUCCGGACCACGAUUUUUCGCUGGUGCAACCGACAAACUUCACACUUUUAACAUCGCCAGAGGUGCUCAUAAAGCGUGUGAACUCACUGCUUAUAUCAUUGGGCAAGUCGAAGGGAUUAGACUGGAUCUGGCAAACUAUAGACACGCACAUGGAUGUUGCACAGUGCACGUGCUUCCAGUAUGAGCCUGAGCAGUCGUUUUUGGGCGAUCUUCCCGGUACUCUGUGGUGUAAUAUGUACUUCAUGUACAACAAGAAACGCAAAAGAGUUGCUUUUCUUUACUUCCGGGCCACAACUCUUCAAGCUGUCAAAAGCGGGUCUACUGCAAGUCUCAGCACUGAUGAAAGGAGAGAUGGGCGUACAGGUGGCUCAAGUGUGGAUGAAGAAUAUGAUUUGCGUGAUGAGACGAGAUUUUCUCGCAAUACCAACAGCCCGAUAUAUGAAGAUGUAUUUGAUGAAGAUGACGAGGACAAUCCUGCGGAUUUGGAUGGCCACGAGGUGUCUGGAGAUCCUAAAAGCCAAUCACAAGAGACCGCCGAUGGAAAAUUGAUUGAUAAAGAAGAUCUGGAAGAAGUUGAUGAAGAAGAAAAUGAAGAUAGGGUAGGAGACUCUGAUUCAGACUAUGCAAUGGAUGAGGAUGAGCUUGCAAAUGAGAACCAGGAUGAUGAAGAUGACUAUGGGAACUCGGCUGAGAUUAUGACUGACGGCAUGGAUAUAAGUUGA